GAAGUCGAGUCGUCAAGUCAAAAACACCUUGGCUGAAAGCUAUGAGAGGGAGAACUGUGAAUGUGAGCAGCACACCCGGAUUUUACCUGUACUCUACAUACUGUAUGCACUGGAACUAAAUUAUUCCUACCCCUUCUUGUACUGUGGGAUGCUCUUGAGUUUGCCCCCACAAUACUGAGUGAGAAGGAUUUAUAGUGAUGUCCCAAGAGGAACCUAGUGAUCUGUCAGCGUUAGAUUCUCUGUUCAGUAGAUACGGACAAGGAGGAGCUCGUGGGCUGUCAGAACAACGCAAGAAACAGAUCUAUGCAGGCAAACAACAGGAGGAUCAGCAGGAGUCUAGUAAUCCUACCCACAAGACACUGCAAGCAAUCCUUGAUUACGAAGAGACUAUCCCAGAUCGAGAGGUGGAUGAAUUUGUAACAAAGAUUCGUGAUACACGGUUGCUUGAUGAUUAUCCUGAAGACGACACUCUAGAGUCUACUGAGGCUGCUCCAGCUUACAACCCUUGGCCCCUGGAUGAAGAUACCUCUCCUGCCACCAUGGCUGAUCCAUUGAGCGGUGAGAUCUUAGUAACAGACUUACAAAACACACUCAAACCUGAGCCUGAGGAGGAUGAGACACUCGAUGAUGCAUCGGCUCAUCAGGAGGACGAUCCUGCUUCGUCAAGUGAGAGCGACAUUGAUGAUGAGGAAGCAGAAGAUUUGACGGAGGAGUUUGAGAAGGAGAGAGCAAAAGAAGAUAUGUCAGCAGAUCACCAUGGUGGUGGAGAUGCACAGAAAGACGAGGACGGAGAUGAGGAUUUGUUUCCUAGAAUAGAUGAUGAUGCUGAUAAAGACCAAUCUGUUAAAAUGGUUGAUGUUUUAGAGGAGGAAGAAGAAGAGGAGGAGGAUGAUGAGGAGAAGGAGGAGGAGGAGGAUAAGGCGGAUAAGGAGGAGGAGAAGAAGGAAGAAGAUAAGGAAGAAGAUAAAAAUGAAACUGAUACCAGUGCAGAUACCACAGACAUUGAGGUAGAUUCAAGAACAAGUCCUGUGCAAAUAAAUGUAGAGUUGUGUGAAGACUCUCUUGAUAGCACAGAUGGCAUCACAGAUACAGAUGGAAAGACACUGGAAUCACAGGGUAACACAGCAGGUACAUCAGAGAAGACUCCACAAGAGAAGAAGAAAGAAAAUGUUCCAGAUUUUGAAACAUUCCUUGCAGAACUGGGUGUGGAUCCCAGAGAGACGCUAGAUGUCGAGGUCCAAAAGUCUCGGGCCAGACUGAGUAGACUUGGUCCUAUGGCCCAGAGGAGACCUAUGACGAAACGGUUCUCAGGAGGAGAUGAAGACGGAUCUAAAUGGAUGUUCGUUGAUUCAACAGAACCUAAACCACAAAGAUCAAGUAUAGAUGAGGAGGAUGAGGAGGAGAAAGAGACCCCAGUAAAGGCACCUGCCCCUCAACCAGCCAGUAAGCCAGGCAUGAGGAAACCUCCAGGAGGAAUAGGACUAGGUCCUAUGGUGCUUCCAGGUCUUGGGACAGCUCUUGGGGGUGCCAAGCUAAAAAAAACACCAACCAGUACACCGAACAAAACCUUCCAGAAGUCUAUAGAGGAAUCUAAAGUGAGCAUCUCAAAGUCAGAACCAACCAGAACAACACCUUUAUCAUCUCUCAAGAAAACCCCUCCCCCUGCAUCAAAGGCUCCUCCCCCUGCAUCAAAGGCUCCUCCCACUACGGCUACUAAGCCCCUCCUCAUCAAGAAGAAACCGCUAGCCAAGCCACGCCCUGCAUCACAGGCCAUGCCCUCAAAGGAACCCUCUCAGCCUGCCUGGUUGAAAGAGUUGAAGUCUAAACCCAAGCCAGAAGUGAAGGAGACAAAGAAAGAAGAAGAUAAAUUAAACUCAGAUAUCCUCCAUCCUAAGAAGACGACUCCUUCAGAGACUGCACCUAAAUCACCAUCCUGGAUUGCAAACAGCAAAACAAAGAAACUGCCUCCUAUUCCGUCUUCAUCUAGUACACCAAAACAAGAAGUAGAGAGCUCAACAUCUAACAUACCUGCAUGGAAACAAGAAUUAAUGAAGAAGAAAAAGGCACCAGUACCAGCGCCAAGCAGUGUUAAUAAGACACCUGUCAAAUCUCGGAUUUUGCCAAAGUCACCUACCAAAUCUCCAGCUAAACCCCCAAUUGCGAGAAAGCCCGGUUUUCCUCCUCCCAAGCCAUCCCAGACGGCUGGUACGGAUAAGGGUUCAGACUUGAAGCGAGAGGAGGAAUCAAGAGAUGAGACUGACUCCAAGAAGAUCAAGCUAUCUCAGAGUAUGGACUCUUCACUUGAUGAGGAAAAGAUGGAUGUUAGCCAGGAGGAGACACCAGGGGAAACACCAGAGGAAAAGCCAGAGGAAACAUCACAGGUGCCAAAGGAUAAUGAGAACAAGGAUGACUGCCAAGGAAAAGAUGUUGAGAUGAAACAGGAAGAAGAAGAAGAGAAAGAAGAGGAGAAAGAGGAAGAGCCAAUGAGGUCACCCAAAGAUACGAUAGAGACAAGUAAUAACAACACUCCGCUAUGGAAGAAAGAGCUGGUGGAAAAGAGGAAGCUAUUUCCUAAGAUGCCCUCACUUGACAACGAAGAGAAAGGAUCUGUUGAGUCACAGAAGUCAGAAAAAGUGCUUAAGAGACAUACCAUUGCAGCAGAGGUUCCAACGAUCAGCGUACCUGCAGGUCAUAAAAUGGGCACUCCAACAUGGAAACAAGAACUAGAGAAGAAGAAUGCUCGUCUGGCCAAACAUCUAGCCGUUAAGGAUGCAGGUCCUGAGAUCAAGCCUCCUAUUGAUGGUGUUAAACAGCAGCCCGUUCCCGAGCUCUCCUAAUGAACGAGACAAAGAUUAUUAGAGUGAAGCAUCUUAUCCAGGGAUUCAGAAAGAACUAUUACACAAGGAGAGGAUGCAUGCAGGAUCAACCCUUGAAACGAAUAAUUGUCUGAUCCAGUUCUAAGUAGUGAAGUGUUACUUUGGCAUCUUCCAAAACUGAGAUAGGGGUGCAUAAUUGAGAUAUCUUAUAUGAUAUCUGUUUUUGAAAUAAUCCCCUGCUCUUAAACCUAUGAAAUUCAUGAAAUUUCUUUUGAUUCAUUCCUAAAAUUUCUUUUGAUUCAUUCCUGAAUGUUUGACUUCAUUCCUGACUGUUUGACUUCAUGUUUUGUGAAUUGUUUUAUGAUGUAAUGGAGAAAAUAAUUCUUACAAAAAAUGUGGAGAAACAUUGGAGAGACCAAAGCUAGCAAAUCGGAUUUCUUGACUGUAGAACAUUAGGAAACGUAUGAAACCUUGAUCAAAUGAACAUAAUCCAUGAGUUGUAGUUCUUUUAUGAUGAAUGGAGUGACAUCUUACUAUGUGAAGUCUGUACUCAGACUCUCAGAGACCUGUCAAAAUGCAGCCUGAUUGUUGGGCCCCCCUCUGUGGAUAAUGCAGUGUGCAUCUAUGCAGUGUGGUUUGGAAUAAAACUGAAGGUUGUGUGCUUUUAUAGCUUUCAAUGUUUAUGGGUCCAAAAUAUAAGCAUUUGUGGUUUAUAAACAUUAGGUAUGACAUCCUAUGGGCAUCAUUUAGAGCUCCACGUAUCGGUACAAGAGGAGAUUUGAGCAUUGCACAUCGUAUGUACAUGUAGAUGCACAAAUAUUACUUAGAAGUAGAAAAAUAUUAUAUCAAAAAGUGGUGUUGAAAAGAGAACAUGAAUGUUUGUUCUUUGUACAUUUUUUUCCUUUUCUUCUUCAGAGUUACCUUUUUGGGAUGGUAAACAAGUUUCUAUUAGAUCCUAUUUUGUAUAUUUUCCUGUAAGUAUUUCAUUUUCUUAUUCUCAGUAGGUGUUGAAAUAUCCACAGGUUUUCUCUGCUGCCAAAGCUUUCAGAAGUUAAUAUAUGCAUGGUUCUAUUAUUGUCCUGCCAUUUAAUCCAUUGACAACUGAGUUAAAUGAUACUUAGAUUGAAAGUCAUUUGAAAGUCAUUUGAAAUGCGCAUUAGAAGAAAAUUAAUUACAUGUAGAGACCAAUGGGAUAACAUACCACUGCCUAAAACUGCACUAAAGUCGUUUGGGGCUUGAACAUGAUACACACACAGAUUUCCUGAUACUCCUCCUAUUGCUCUUACAUACUAAAUCAUCAUCAGGUGAAUGUUAGGUAGUCUGUAGUCUGUUUGUCUGUCUGUCUGUCUAUCUGUCUUGGUUUCCAUGUGAUCAUCAGUUAUAUGAUAUAUUCAUUACAUUCAGUACAUGUACAACAUGACAUAGCGAUGGAAUGACAGACAACAUCCGUCUUGAAGUGAAACAUUGAAUGACUCAUUUGCAUUCAUGUCCAAUUAUCUCUCUACCAUUCCUGUCUGUAUAUUUCCCCAUUGUCUGCUCUGUUCUCAUUGUGUAUCAGUUAACCGUUUAACCCUGUCUUGGUGUACCAUGCACAAGCACUAAAUCAAUUACUGCCAUUGUUAUUUUCUUGCUGAAUUUAUGAGUAAUGACAUGUAGGAAAGAUGUCAUCUCAGGUAACUAGAAGAAAUUUUGAACCCAUAUUUUAUGUUACCGCUCGCCCUCUCAAUCAUUCUUAUUUUGAAAGGAAAAUAUGUUUAGUCCUGUCUUAAUUGCAUGAGUUCAUGAUGUACAUGAACAAGAAGUGAAUACUCUGUUAAAUCUUGUUAUUUCAGAUAUCUGUUGUGUUUUGCCAAAGAGGAUACUUCACUCUGAUGUUCAUAAAAUUGUCCAAAUUGGAAAAAAGAGUGAUAAUGCAAUACUACUACAUCAUUUAGUAUGGGAGAACAUGAUUCCAUUCAUAUUUGGUUAAAACUUUGUCUGUAUGAGGUUGUUUACAAUUUGAGUAAACUUGAAUAAAUUGAAUUGAAUAGAGUGAACAAUGCUAACAUUGUAGAAUUAUAACGGAAGUCUGUAUUUACAGUCUUGAUAAGUUAGAUCUUCAAUGAAUUAGUGGAUCAAUGUGCUGUACAUACACAUAGAUUCAUGAGGACAGUUAAUUCAGUAUCUGUGUUUGGUAUCUGAAUAGUGCCUUUGUAAGAGAAUACAGGUAACAUGUAAGAUAUACUGUUGUUGGAGUCCUUUUAUAAAGACAGUAUGGAUAUAUUCUCUACAAUGUAAAUCUACUUCAACUUUGUUAAAAUAUCGUCACCAGUCACAGUGCCUUGGUGCAGUAUUUGUUCUUUAACCUUUUUGUGCGAGGUAUUUUAUUAGAAUUUUGUUUUUCUUUCUAUCAAUCCCUUAUUGCUCUGUCUAUAGAUAGUUCCAUUACCUGGUAUAUAUAUAUAUAUAUGUAUAAAGUCACUCUUUCUUUACAAAGCAGUUUAUUUUGUGAAAGAAAGGGCAUUUGCAUUGUUGAUUUUAUUCCAAUCUGUAUGCAGGCCAUUUUUGAAUUGUCUUUAAGGAUGUAUGUAUCCGAUAACAAGCUACAUGUACUAGCUUGUAGAAGAGAGAUAUUUUCGUAGAAACAAGACAAAAAAGAGUCUAUGUAAGUGCACAUACAUGAAUUUUGUUUGAAAGUCCGCUGUUAAGUUUCCUUCCUGCUUUGAUUAUGUUCCCAAUGGCCAUGUACAUAUAAAGGGAAUGGAUGUCCUUGUGUUUAUCCUGUAUGAAGUGAAGCUAUAUGUAUCUGAAAUUCUAACUGAAUUUAGAAGAAAAAAAUGAAAUGAAAUCACUGGGCUGUUGUUUCAGAGAACUAUAAUUAUAGAUAUAGAUUUUUUUUAUUUUCUAUUUUUUUUAAAUACUGUAGGUAUGCAGGAUAAAACAUGAUUUGUAGAUAUUAUUUUGUUGCUUUCUGGGUGAUUAUAUGUUCAGUCAAACCCGUCUAUAGCAACCGCCCAAGGGAAACACAAAAAUGGUCUUUGUAGACAGGUUCCUUUAGUCCAUGUUUCAAUGAGAAACCAUUUUCAAGGGAAACAAAAAAUGUGGUCUUUGUAGAUAGGUGGUCACUAAAGCAGGUUUUACUGUAUUUAGAAAAAAAAUAUGAAAUAUAUAAUAUACUCUCAUGUAAUUAAAAAAAACACUAUUCUGAGAAAAUUGUUUCUUCAUGUAUGAAUAAUAUUCCCAUCUGGUAUUAGCAACACAUUCCUCCAUCCUUACUAAUCUUGAUGAGUAAUAGCUUUAUAUUUUUCUUGUAAAUUUCACUGGUUUUGUAGUUCUCUUUUCAAACAUUCUACUCACUAUUUGUUUGUAUAUAUUUGCUUUGUGUGUGAUUCUUCUUUGAUUUCUAUCAAUUGCUACUCUGUCCGCUCUCAUAGUUUUAUGAUUUGUGUAUAUUUUCUGUAACCCAUAGUUAUUAUAUAUUCUAUAGAUGCUAUUGAACAAAUUCAUAACAAAUGAUAGUAUAGGUAAAGAUUUUAAGAAUUAAUAGCUUUAUUUGACAAAUUAUAUGAGUUUAAUCAACACUUGUGGGAUAUUCAGAGAAUGAUGCUGGGAAGGUUGAUGUAUGCUUGCGAUACUAUUGAUAUUGUGUAAGAAAUCAAAGCUGCUAAUUGUUAUAUUUGAUUUAUAUUAAGCACUUUGUAAGAAAUCUUAGUUGUUUUAUAUUGAUUCCAUGACAAAAAGACUGUAAAUUGGUCAUAUGUGGGAAAUUACAUUAUACAUUGACACUAGAAGUAGUUUUAUAGUUUUAUAGUUUUUUUUCUCAAAUAAUCAGUGAAAUCCAAAUAUUGCUUUUUAUCUUAUCUCACCAUUCCUUUUCCAUCAUUCCAACUCUUUCUCUCUGUCUUUGUAGCUCCAUGUAUUUCAGCACUGUCAAUCAAUUCCUAUUGUUAUACUGUGGUUUACCUCAUAAUUUCAUUACAUGCAUUCACAGAACAAAUUCUAAUGAAAUUCCUAAUACAGGACAAAUUAAUAUGGUUUUGCUGGAGGUAUUAAUAGUGGACAAGUAUUAAGGAUGUUAAUGUAUUUACAUGCAUAUGUUAGUGAAUAAAGAUUGAUAUGAAGUGUUGAUCUGGUUUAAUGUAUAGUGUGAUGGGUUGAAUUAAUGUCACACUUGUGUAGUUGAUGCACAUUGCACAAGAUUACAUAAUACAAUACACUUUGUAGAUCUUGUUUGUUUUCACUCAAUGAUAUGGUCAAGAUAUAAAUGACAGCUAAUCAGUCAAAACUAAAGUCAACAACACUUAGCUGUAAGUUCUUUUAAAAGGCAGAUAAAUAGGAUCAAAAUAAAAAAAAUUAAAAUGUGAAAUGAAUCGUCUUGAAUUUGAAGUAAUGAAUUACUGGAAGAUAGUUAUGUGAUGAAUUUUGAUCGAUAAUUUUUCGAAAAUUAAUGAAUAAUAUUGAAUCUGCAUAUGAGAAGGAUCUAUCAACAUUGCCCUGAAUGUAUGGGGAAUCUUGUAUCGUAAGACGUUUCUAAUGAUAUACUACAGGUACAUGCCAUAGAGCAAAGAUACAAUUCCUUUCUAUUUUAAUGCUCUAUUUGUACAUUUCUAAGUAUACUGUGUCAUCAAGAGUUUGUCUUUGUAUUAAUUAGGUCAUUGCCUGUAUCAUAUUACCUCCAAGUCUAAAUACAUAGAGUAAGUACAUAGAUGUUGUCCAUAGAUGUUGUCCAAUACAUGUGGUAUAUCAUGUUAUGUAUGUUCAGAGUAGCCGAGAGUAGUCAUCAAUGCACUACCCUGCCCUGCCAGAAUGAAUCCAGAUGUGGCCUUCAUUUCUUACAUGUUGAAUGAAAGUAUUGUCUCAUCAUCUUUUAUAAAGAAUAAUAUUUUGAAAAUCUGCUUCAAACAGUGCACUUUCAAAAAAAUAAAAUUUUAUAACUGUA